GUGAGAUUAAAAGGACUGCUUGAUAGGCAAGGCUACAAUAAAACAGGAGCAUUUAACUGCUGACACUGCUCGUGCGGUCACCCAUUUUAGCUAGGCUAUAACAUAAGGUGUUUAAGGAAUAAUUGUGCAAAAAUUGGUUUGUGUAAUGUUGUGCCUAGGGCACUUUCGAUUUGAUGUUGGCUAGUUUCCAACAUUUCUUGACAGACAAUUAUUAUGACAUUUGUGAUCAGUAAGCUAGGAAUCAAGGAUCUGGAUUUUAAAUCAUGAAACUUAAUUCUUCAUUCAAAUAUUUUGCGUUGGACUGUAGGCUGUAUGACAUGGGGCUUGUAGGUCAAUUCUAUCGUAGGCUAUUUCCAAUCGCAGCUGAAAUUCACCUGUCCAUUUGAGUGUUCAUGCCGGGGGUCAUGACAAUGGACGCUAACAAUGUGCCGACAGUGCCCCUCGAUUUGCGCACUACGACGCGGCAUCGCGGAGGCGUGGAGGACAGGACACAGAACAUAAAAGAUUGCAACGGGAACAGUCGUGUCUCUACCGAGGUGUCGUUGGAGGCGCAAACUUCUCUACCAACGGCAUCGGUGAACAAUCGGGACUACAGAGCAACCAUUGCAGCGUCACCGGAAUAUCCUAACGGUUCUCAGGUAGUGAUACCACUUACGGACAUGGGGAAGCCGACUUUCUUGGAGCAUUUCGAACACGAGCCUGUGGCACAGGGUCCUUCGCCAAAGUCUCCGAGUUCCCCAAAAUAUACCGUGUCCUCCGGAGAGACUGGUGCAGCACACAGACGGAAUCUUGAGAAGUCCCCUUCAAAUCUUCCCUUCAGGAAGCGUCCGUUUCCUGCACGAGACGUCCCGGGACAAUCGCAUUCUUCAUUUAGUCGGGGAGACCACUUGUCACGAGAGAAAGAAACCGAACUAAAUAAUCUUCAUAUUCGACGGGUUCUCAAAGGAGAACACCAGGAAAGCAAAGGUUGUGCAUUAUCGAUGCCACCACGGCACCUCGCAGGCGGUUUUGAGGAAACAGAAAAUAAAUCAAAUGGUCAUCAUGCCGUCAAUUCUUACUAUGGGUACUCGGUCUAUGUCUUCCCCCCCCAGACCCAACAGCUGCUGGAGGAUGUUGCCCUGGCAACACACCCAGACGAGGAUGGCGACACAGCUCUUCAUAUCGCUGUGGUGAAAGGAGAGGAGGGGUUGGUCUACAGACUCAUUCAUCUCCUCACACUGGCUCACAAAGAUCUGGACACCUACAACAACCUCAGACAGACCCCACUGCACCUGGCGGUGAUUACGCACCAGGCCAAGCUUGUGGAGGCGUUGCUGCGUGCGGGCGCUGACCGUGCUGCUCUGGACCGCUGCGGUCAGACAUCACUCCAUCUGUGCUGUGAGCACGGCCAGCAGGCCUGCCUCUCUGUUCUCCUCGGCCAGGCCCCCCCCUCCCACUCCCCCUCACCCUGUCUGGAAAUCAGAAACUUUGAGGGGCUGACUCCUCUACACCUGGCCGUGCAGGGGGGUCACAUGGAGCUGGCCAGACAUCUUCUGGAUGCUGGGGCCAGCAUCAAUGCUAUGGACAACAAGAGUGGUCAGAGUCCUCUCAUGCAUGCUGUGGAAAGCAAUAAUGCUGACAUGGUCCACUUCCUUAUUGAGAAUGCCUGUGAUGUCAACAGCCAGUCGUACAGUGGGAACACAGCCCUGCACGUGGCCUGUGGCCGAGGCCAGGUGGACACGGUUCGUCUCCUGAUGAAGAACGGGGCAGACAGCAGCCUCAAAAACUACCACAACGACACCCCCGUCAUGGUGGCCAAGAAUAAACGGGUAACAGAUGUGUUGCGAGGCAAGGGCUCAAAGCUGCCCAAAACUCAAGAGCAGCAGAGUGCUUCUGCCUCGCCUCCAAGGAGCUCACCCCACAGAUUAACCGGUUCCCUGUCACCCAAUUACGGCACCCGAGGAUCACGGUCAACCACGCCCCUUCCCUCCCACCGCAGUGCUGCACAGCACCCCAGGGUUCCUCCCACAUCUUUCCCUCACAGCCAAUCAACCGACAGCUCAUCAGGCCCCCUGUCACCCAUGGAGAUCCCGGAGAGAGAGCCUCAGCCAGUUAGGAUGGGUUUCAGCAACAUGGCCGUAGCUGACUUCCUGCCUCAGGGAAGGGCCUAUCCUGUCCCUCUCUACCUCUCUUCUUUGAACCAUUCACCCGUGGGUGACUCUGCCAUUCGGGCUCUGAUGCCAGAUCACCCAGUCUACUACCAACCUGUUGCCCAGGGUCACUACUACUCUGAGAGCUCCUUUAUCCUACUCCCUACCCAAGCAGGCUUCUGCCCUGCCUCCCAAACCUCUACUGGCGAAUCACGGCCCCUCAGCCGUUGUAGUGACCAAUCAUUAGCCUCCACCCUGAGCAUUAGCAGUGGGGGCAAAGGUGACAGUUGAUAGGGAAGCUUGUGCUUUUGCUGUCUUAAUGCAGUAAACGUAGUUGUUUCAAUGUCGAAUGUUUGAAAGGGUGACCUGAUAGGGUAUGCACUGUAGUGGGUGAACAGAAUGUUCAGAGCAUUUUCUAGAAGGACGAUGUUGCAUUGUAUUGUGGACCCCCACAAUACAAUGCAAGUUGUGCUGUUAUCAAUCUGAUCAAUGCGAUUGAUUAAGAACAAACAUGACUGUGUCAGAGGUUUACAAAUAGCUGCAUUAAUGUUGGUUGUGAGACCUUUUUAAAAAUCUUUCUGCACAACUCAUUGCACAGUUCACUCUAUGUGUGUGUGGGUGUGCGUUUGUGUGUGUGUGUGUGUUUGUGUGUGUGUGGACUGCAUGUCUGUAGCUAAAUCUGUAUUGUUCAUGGAUUCCCUGACAAGUGAAUUUGUAACAGUUUUGAUAACUUUUUGUCUAAAACCAUGUUCACGAGUUUUUCAUUUAAUGAUGUGAAAUAAAUAUUUUUCUACACAGUU